CCAGGAAGAAUGAGUAGUGAGGACCUGGUCACUCUGAACGUGGGAGGGAAGAUCUUCACAACAAGGCUCUCUACCCUAAAGCAGUUCCCUACCUCUCGGUUGGCAGGCAUGGUGGAUGGCAGAGACCCAGAGUUCAAGACAGUUAAUGGCCAGAUUUUUGUGGAUAGAGAUGGUGCUUUGUUUAGUUUCAUUUUAGAUUUUCUGAGGAAUCAUGAGCUUCUAUUACCGUCUGACUUUUCAGACUACCUUAGGCUUCAGAGAGAGGCACUUUUCUAUGAACUUGAUUCUCUUGUUGAGCUCUUAAGCCAGCACCUGCUACAAUCAAGACCUGCUCUCAUGGAGGUGCAUUUCCUAAACAGAAAUACUCAAGCCUUCUUCAGAGUGUUUGGCUCUUGCAACAAAACCAUCGAGCUGCUAGCUAGAAGGAUUACAGUGUUUGUAGAGCAACCUACAGCACUGGCCCGGAGCGGUAACCCCUUCCCUCCUCAGGUGACUUUACUUCCACUGCCUCCACAAAGACCUUCUCACCAUGACCUGGUUUUCCACUGUGGCUCUGAUGGCACUAUUGAGAACCAUGCUGGAGUCAGGUACAUUUCCAUAAAGCCUGAUAACCGAAAAUUGGCGAAUGGAACAAAUGUCUUCGGCUUGCUGAUUGAUACUUUAUUAAAGGAAGGCUUUCAUCUGGUCAGCACUAGAACACCAGCCUCUGGAGACAAAAGUGAAUGCUAUGUCUUUGAAAGGAUAAAACGCCCUCAAGUCCUUGGGGAGAAUAAAACACCAAAACCAAAAAAUACCACCAUACCACCGCCAUCCCAGAAGUAACACUGUAAAAAGACAGUAAAGGGAACAUGCUCUUCUUGUUUGGAAAUUCCAUACCUGGAGCAUGUGUGCUGUCAGAUUUGGACUUGGUCUGACUUUGGAUGUUCUCUUCUGCCUUUUUGCCCUGGGCAACACAGCCCUUCAAGCUUAAAGCUACCCUGCAGACUCUCUCAAAACAACACUACACAGGGGUUUUAGCACUUGCUCCUUCAAGGCCUUUCACCAUGAAAGCUUUUAAAAAUGGGCUCUGGACUGUGAGUCUAGUCUAGUCAUUUAUUAGCUAUGUGGCUUAAGUGAGGCGUUUCUGUGUUUCAACUUUAUCUAUUAACUAGGGACGAAAGAGUAUCCCCUCAUAGUUAUGAGAGUGUUGGUUAAAGGGAACAAAGUUCUCAUUAUGUUGCCUGGCAUGUGGUAGGCACUCAGUAACUGUUAAUGAUAAUGAUCAUGGAUCACUUGCUUUCAAUCCAAUCUCUUCUCUGAGGCCUUGUUUUCUCCCUUCCCCUUGUUUACCUGCAGUGUCAGUGACUGAAACUCUAUGACUAACCUGUACUCCCCAGCAGCUGAUCAUUCUGCUUAGACUUGUAUAUCAUCAUAAAACCAUGUCUCCCUUACUUAAAUAUAAGAUGUUUGAGAAGUUUCUAAUGGUACUAUAUAUACAGUAUUGUGCUAAACUUAUAAAUCAUACAGUAUCUAACUUUGGUAAAGUUUUAGAAUAACAUUUAAAACAUACCUAAUAACUUAGUUUCUCUCAUUUUAUAUUUGUUAUUUUUAAGCAAUAGGAUAACACCUAAAAAAGAAAUAACUUCAUCAAAACUUCCAGUGUUUGCUUAUAGUUGAGUGAAAAGCUGUUGUAUGGAAAUACUUCAAAGUUUGCAAUUCAUUCAAGAACAUUUUUUUAAAAAAAGAUAUUUGUAUUAGUUAGGCCUUCUGUUGCUGAGAUGAAAUACCAGGACUGUUGGGGAGGAAAGGACUUAUUCAGUGUGUACUUUUGUGGGGGUUCCCUGUGAACACCAGGGCUGGCAAAGAAAGAAAUCCAGUUCAACACAACUUAGCCUGUGUUGGUUCAAAUGAACCCGAUACUGGGCAGUUUAUUUUAGUCAUAUUUAAGUACAGUACAACAUUGGGAAAAUGUUUUCUGGUGACAGUUAUCACAAUAAAGCUUAAGGGUGGCUACAUUAAAACUCUUUUGCAAAGUACAUGUAACUUCUUUAGUAAGAGUGGGUUCUAUAGUUUAAGGUCCCAGGGGAGGAUAUCUGGUGUGGUCUAGGUCAUCAUAGAGGUCACCAGGCUACAAAGUACAUAUGACAUCUCUUCUAGGGACAGGUUCUGUUGACUGAGAAAUAAAGGACUAUGGCAGAAGAGUCUGGGAUAAGCAUCAAAGUCUGGGAGGUGGGAAAUUCAGGUGUGGCCAGGCCACGAGAUUUUUGUUGUUUUAAAGAGAACAAAGUUGAGUGGGUAGGGUGUAUAGGGAGGUACGAAGCAUCUGCAAGGAACUUGGGGAGGGGAAAACAAAAAUACAGUACUAAAAUUUUUUUUCAAUAAAAUGUUCAGGGGGUAAAAGUAUUCAGUAUAAAACUAUCACUGACAUGACACAAAAUUAUUUAUAAAGAAGGAAAUACACACAGAAAGUAAUAGGCAUAGUGGCACAUGACUACAGCCCCAGCUCUGGGAAACUGAGACAGAAAGGAGGACCCAAAAUUUAAGAGAUCCUUGAACUGUGUUUGCUGAGCUACAGAGUGCUAAAAAAAAAAAAAAAAAAAAAAGAA